GUGCGAAGACGAGCAUAGUGAGAAGUCAAAGGUCAAAUCGCAAGUCGCAACGCUGAUUAAAUCAACCUUGAUUUUGAUCCCUCGAAUCCAGAGAUCUCUGCUACUCACAUCGAUACUGUGCGUGUCACAAAUACACACAAUUCGAAUUCGCAGAGAUGCAUUUGAGUGAGAACGAGGGUAUAGAGGGAAAGGCGUUCGUUGUUACAGGUGGAUUGGGUUUUGUGGGUUCAGCACUGUGUUUGGAGCUGGUUCGUAGAGGCGCGCGUCUUGUUCGAGCUUUUGAUCUAAGAUCAACUUCUCCUUGGUCCGAUCAUCUUCUCAAAAUCGGAGUCCACUAUGUUAAAGGGGACAUCAGUAAUAGAAAAGAUGUGGAGAAGGCAUUACGUGGAGUAGACUGUGUUUUCCACUUAGCUUCAUUUGGCAUGUCUGGUAAAGAAAUGCUUCAAUUUGGGCGAGUUGAUGAUGUGAAUAUUAAUGGAACGUGUCAUGUCUUGGAAGCUUGCCAUGAAAAUGGUGUCAAGAGACUUGUAUAUGUGAGUACAGCAAAUGUUGUAUUUGCUGGAAAUGAAAUUAUUAAUGGAAAUGAAAGGCUGCCUUAUAUCCCUUUGGACAUCCAUGUUGAUCCUUAUAGCAGAAGCAAAUCUAUUGCUGAGCAGCUUGUGCUUAAAACCAAUGGGCGCCCUUCUAAGAACAAAAAGGGAGAAUUUUUUUACACAUGUGCAAUACGUCCAGCUGCUAUAUAUGGACCUGGUGAAGAAAGACACAUUCCCAGAAUUAUCAGUCUUGCAAAAUUAGGGCUUCUUCCAUUCAAAAUUGGGGAUUCAAAUGUGAAAAGUGAUUGGGUUUAUAUUGAUAACUUGGUUUUGGCAUUAGUUCUUGCAAGUAUGGGACUUUUGGAUGAUAUUCCUGGAAGAGGAAAACAACCAGUUGCUGCUGGCCAGCCAUACUUCAUAUCAGAUGGUUGUCCUGUGAACACUUUUGAAUUUCUACGGCCAUUGUUGGGAGGUUUAGAGUAUGAUAUGCCAAAGGCGUCAUUAAGUCUUCCAAGAGCUCUUUUUUUGGGGAAAGUAUUUUCCAUUUUCUACACAAUCAUGUAUCCUUGGUUGAAUCGUGCUUGGCUUCCUCAACCCUUGUUGCUCCCUGCAGAAGUUUACAAGGUGGGUGUGACCCAUUAUUUUAAUUACCUAAAAGCAAAACAGGAGCUGGGGUACACCCCAAUGACAACCCCUCAACAAGGCAUGGCUACCACCAUCUCAUUCUACCAAGAACAAAAACGAAAAAGCUUAGAUGGGCCCACAAUCUACGCAUGGUUCUUCUGCGUGUUUGGAAUGUCAACAGUAAUUGCAGCCGCAUUUUUCCCUGAUAUUACGCCUGUGCCACUCCUUCGAUCCAUAUGCCUUUUCUUCUUACGUUCCAUGUUGGUGUUGAGGAUACUGGCAGCUUGGGCCAUUGCAAUGCAUGUUGGUGAAGCUGUUUAUGCUUGGAGAUUGGCUAAGAGAGUGGAUCCAGGGAAUUCCAGAGGGUGGUUUUGGCAAACUUUUGUGCUUGGGGUUUUUUCCUUGAAAUUUCUCUUGAAGAGGGCCAAGAAAUAGGUGUAUUAACUCUUCAUAUUGUUAAGACUAUCUUUGUUGGUGAAUCAUGAAGAUUGGUUUUACUUAUAUGAC